AUGAACGAGACCGCCCCCCAGCCUGGCGACCGACCCUUCGUGGGUCGCAGCCAGGCAAAGUCCGCUCCGCCCAUGCCUGAUUCAACCAUCCAGAGCCUCAAGGAGCUGCGCCUGGAGGAGAAGGACCGCCUCGAAGAGCUGCCUCAAAUGCGCUCCAACCGCCCCGAGACUCCGCGCCGCUCUACCGACCCGGCGCCUUCUUCGCUGCUGUCACCACACAUGUCGCCGCAAACAAGGAACCGCUCGCCUUAUGCCAGGCCUCACCUGCGCUCCACGUCACUUACUGCCCCCGUCAUGACUCGCGCGCACUCCUCACCCACUCCCAUGAGCCCGACAAGCACCAUGAACAGCGCCGCGGUCCCAAGACCUUCAAGCCCCAUGCGCUCUCCCGCUCGUGUUCGCGCCUCGCUGAAAUUCGACGAAUCAUACCCCCCGUCCGGUGCCUCGAGCGUCUCGGACAUUGGCAUAAUCUCGGAGGAGCAGGAGCUCAACAUUGCCCCGCGCCGCUCUCUGGACAGCUCUGCGGCCCUGAACAUGCACGCUGGUAACGCAUUCCGUCAGCGGCGCAGACCCAUGUCGCCGCUGCACAACACGAAUUCUUCCUUCAACGGGAGCUCCCCGUCGACGCCUUCGCAGCCCUCGCCAACCCUGUCUGCGACCAAGUUCAAUGAGCCCUUCCCCGCAGUCUACCCGAGCUCCCACUCUUCGUCGUCGGUGCCGUCUACGCCGACGUCGAUGCGCUCCCGCAGCCCCAGUAUCUCUAGCUUGGAGACGAUCGAAGACUCGCCCGAUGCCGAGGAGGCAGCCAUUGAGGCUGACAAGGUUGCGAGGAUGGAGAUGGCGGCCAAGGCUGCCGAGCGUGGCGCUGAAGGGAUGAGGCGGAGCAGUCUCGACGUUCCUCGCGCCAGGCCGAUGGGUUUCAGCAUGAACAGCCGGGACAAGCGCAAGCGCUGGAGUGUGUGCGGUGCUGAGAAGAGAGGAGACCUCGACUUGGAAACCAUCUGGGAAGAUUGA